UAGAUCUAUAUUAGUUCCCCAGGGAUUAAAAUCCUCAUCGGUCAAUAUGGGAGAGUCUGGUUCAUUUACUUUGGAAUAUCCUAUUCCCCCUCUCGCUCCCCCCUUUUCUUGCCUUAGCAUGUGACAUCGACAUCGAGCCUUGAGAGAUGUAUCUACUCGCAGCACUAAGAUCACUUAUCGUCUUAGCUGCUCUCUCACUAAACGCAUACUGUGCCUCGAUUCCAUCUGCGACUUCAACAUUAGAAGACUUCGAAUUCCUCACAGUUUUGACAGCACCAUCAUCGUCGCCACUCAAACAAGAGUCCAACUCAGGAGGAAACGAUUUCGGGGUUAAAGUGAAUAUUGGUAUUAUCGUUUCCGUCGCAGUUAUAUUUCUCGUGAUACUUGCUCUCGUCGUAUGGAAACGAUGGAAAGAAAGUCGCGAUUUAGCAACUAGGAUACCAAUUCAGGAACAAUUUAGCGGCUUACAAGGAGCUCCAGCGGACAGAGUUCGGGCGCAGCAAAUACACGAAAUGGAUGGAAAUAUUCAACGAGCAGAAUUGUCAGGGGUAAGAGACCCCUCAGAGCUACAUGAUACGGGGAUCUGUGCGGAAUUACCUGGCGACCACCGGUUUCCCGAAAAGACAAAAACCUGAGGCGACAAGAAGAAAAGAAGCCUAUUUGCCAAACCGAUAUUAAAUAGAUCUCAUCACCCUAGCCAUCAAAACUAAUACCCACCGCUGGCCGGUUCCUAU